UUUUACCAAUUCUCUAUUUUUGAUGAAAGCACGCAUUUGCUUGUGCACUAACAAGUAUUGCUCAAAUCCAACAAAACAGAAUAUAAAAUACUGAAAUUACACUAUUUCAUGUGUACAACAUCUGCAUCACUAUUAUAGUUUUGCAGUUUUUAAAAGGACGAUUAUUUAGUGUUUUUGGAGCUUUUGUCCAUGUUUUCUGCACGCCCACAUUCUGCCGAAUGAGCCUGAGGAGGUCUAUCGCUGGUCGGGGUCUGGACGAGGAGGCCAUCAUUGACCUCGGGAAGACCAGCUCCACCACCAACACCAACUAUGAGACGGAAGACCUGGAGAGCCACAGGGCGGUCUAUGUCGGGGUCCAUGUGCCGCUGGGCCGGGAGAGCAAACGCAGGCACCACGGCAGAGGCCACAAACACCACCGCAAGAGGAGGGAGCGGGAGGAGGACCGCGAGGAGGAGGACCCCACUUAUGACACACCCUCCCAGCGGGUGCAGUUCAUCCUGGGUACUGAGGAUGAUGAUGUGGAGCACGUCCCCCAUGACCUUUUCACCGAGUUGGACGAGCUGUCUUUCAGGGACGGGAGCGCCACUGAGUGGAAGGAGACCGCCAGGUGGUUGAAGUUUGAGGAGGACGUGGAAGAUGGAGGGGAGCGUUGGAGCAAGCCCUACGUGGCCACCCUGUCUCUACACAGCCUGUUUGAGCUGAGGAGCUGCAUCCUCAACGGCACCGUCAUGCUGGACAUGAGGGCCACCUGUAUAGAGGAGAUUGCAGACAUGUUGAUUGACAGCAUGGUGGCGUCUGGCCAGCUGAAGGAGGAGCUGCGUCAGAAGGUGCGUGAGGCCAUGUUGAAGAGACACCACCACCAGAACGAGAGGAAGCUCAGCAACCGCAUACCGCUGGUGCGAUCAAUCGCAGACAUAGGCAAGAAACAUUCAGACCCGUUCUUGCUUGAGAGAAAUGGGCCACUGAUAUCCACACACUCUGUCCCCAGUAACCUGGAUAGCAGCAGCAAGGCCGGAGACAGGAGGCCCUCCAAAGUUGGGGUGGACACGAACUUCAUGAAGAAGAUUCCUCCGGGCGCUGAGGCGUCCAACGUGCUGGUAGGUGAGGUGGACUUCCUGGAGAAGCCCAUCAUCGCCUUCGUACGCCUGUCUCCCGCCGUCCUCAUCACAGGGCUCACAGAGGUGCCCGUGCCCACCAGAUUUCUGUUCCUGCUACUGGGUCCACACGGGAAAGGCCCUCAGUACCAUGAGAUUGGCAGAUCCAUGGCCACACUGAUGACAGAUGAGAUAUUCCAUGAUGUAGCGUACAAAGCCAAAGACCGGACGGACCUGCUGUCUGGGAUAGAUGAAUUUCUGGACCAGGUGACAGUUCUGCCCCCAGGAGAAUGGGACCCCACGAUACGAAUCGAACCCCCCAAGAACGUCCCAUCGCAGAUGAAGAGGAAGAUACCCUCCCAGCCCAAUGGGUCGGCCUCACUCUCUGGGGAGAUGUUGGAGGAGGAUGAAGGCCACGGAGCUGGGCCCGAGCUGCAGAGAACCGGACGGAUCUUUGGAGGCCUGGUGAUGGAUAUAAAGCGGAAGGCCCCGUUCUACUGGAGUGACAUCCGGGACUCGUUGAACCUGCAGUGUCUGGCCUCCAUCCUGUUCCUCUACUGCGCCUGCAUGUCCCCUGUCAUCACCUUCGGAGGGCUGCUGGGCGAGGCCACAAAGGGCAACAUAAGUGCCAUAGAGUCUCUGUUUGGGGCGUCCCUCACAGGAGUGGCUUUCUCUCUGUUUGCGGGGCAGCCCCUCACUAUCCUGGGCAGCACGGGGCCUGUCCUGGUUUUCGAGAAGAUCCUCUUUAAGUUCUGCAAGGACUACGGCCUGUCCUACCUGUCUCUGAGGACCAGCAUCGGCCUGUGGACGGCCUUCCUCUGCCUGGUCCUGGUGGCCACAGACGCUAGCUCCCUGGUCUGUUACAUCACCCGCUUCACAGAGGAGGCCUUCGCCGCGCUCAUCUGCAUCAUCUUCAUCUACGAGGCCCUGGAGAAGCUCUUCCAGCUGGGGGAACACUACCCCGUCAACAUGCACAACGAGCUGGACAACCUCACACUCUACUCGUGUCAGUGUUCUCCACCGGCCAACGCCUCCGCUCAGAUCUUGCAGACGUGGAACCAGACAGGACACACACCAGACUCUAUCUCCUGGAACAGCCUCAACGUAUCGAUGUGUAACCUGCUCCAUGGAGAGUUUGCUGGUCCUGCCUGUGGUCACCACGGCCCCUACAUCCCAGAUGUCCUCUUCUGGUCCAUCAUCCUCUUUUUCACCACCUUCUUCCUCUCCUCUUUUCUCAAGGAGAUCAAGACCGAGCGAUACUUCCCUACAAAGGUGCGCUCCACCAUCAGUGACUUUGCCGUGUUUCUGACCAUUAUGAUCAUGGUGCUGGUGGACUAUCUAAUGGGCAUCCCCUCUCCUAAACUCAACGUACCCGACCGCUUUGAGCCUACCUCCAAGCAUCGCGGCUGGCUGAUCUCCCCGCUGGGCCCCAACCCCUGGUGGACCCUGCUGGUGGCGGCGCUGCCCGCUCUGCUCUGCACCAUCCUCAUCUUCAUGGACCAGCAGAUCACCGCCGUCAUCAUCAACCGCAAGGAGCACAAGCUCAAAAAAGGCUGUGGCUACCAUCUGGACUUGCUGGUGGUGGCGGUAAUGCUGGGGGUUUGCUCCAUCAUGGGCCUGCCCUGGUUUGUAGCCGCCACCGUGCUCUCCAUCUCUCACGUCAACAGCCUCAAGGUGGAGUCGGGCUGCUCGGCCCCAGGAGAACAGCCCAAGUUCCUGGGCAUCAGAGAGCAGAGAGUCACCGGCUUCAUGAUCUUUGUCCUCAUGGGCUGCUCUGUCUUCAUGACCUCCGCACUCAAGUUCAUUCCUAUGCCAGUGCUAUACGGAGUCUUCCUCUACAUGGGAGUCUCUUCACUCAAAGGCAUUCAAUUCUUUGACCGUAUCAAGUUGUUUGGUAUGCCAGCCAAGCACCAGCCUGACCUGAUCUACCUGCGCUACGUCCCCCUGUGGAAGGUCCAUGUGUUCACCCUGGUGCAGCUCACCUGCCUCAUACUGCUGUGGGUCAUCAAGGCCUCAGCAGCUGCCGUCGUUUUCCCAAUGAUGGUGCUGGCCCUCGUCUUCAUUCGGAAGCUUCUGGACUUUUUCUUUACCAAGAGGGAGCUCAGCUAUCUGGACGACUUGAUGCCCGAGAGCAAGAAGAAGAAAGAGGAUGACAAGAAGAAGAAGGAGAGGGAGAAACGGGAGGCCCAGGCUUUAUUGCUCAUAGAAGAACAGGUGGGCGUGAAUGCUGUGAAGGUCCAUUAUGACGGUGGGAACCUGCUCAAGAUCCCAGUCAAAACUCUCUCAGGGAGCUCAUGUGACCUCGGCAAUGUUAAUAUCUCUGAGGAAAUGGCCAAAAGCGGGGCAUGCAAAGCAGUGGCGAUGAGCGCCGACUUCGGCCCAUCUAUGAAGCGUAGCCAAAGCCAGGAGAAGGUGGCCUGUGUUAGAGUCAAUAUGGACACCACCGAGGCAGGAGGGCAGAGUUCAGCCUUGGAGACGGCCUUGUGAUUGAGGAGACCUUUGUCCCCCUAACCCCACAGAGGGCCACUCUGUUACAGAGAGCAAGGUGAGAGGGUGAGCUAGACCUGGAGCAGAGAAGUCAGACUGGUCUCUGGAGAAGCCCCUUUUGUGCGUCUUCUCGGUCAACAGUUGAGCUCCAGUUACCUCCAGUGGUCCAGUGUAGCUCUGGGGAUCCCGAGUCCCCCUCAGCACACAGAGGACUGACUUCCUUGCAGUGGAGAGCACAUUGCUAGGAUAUAAAUGAACCAGACUGACACUGCCCACCGACCCCCACCAUUUUGGGUCAAACUCCAAUGUGAACCAAUUAUUUCCCACCCAUUGCCACAGCUGCCAAAAGAUGGGGCCACCACUGCCACACUGAUGCGGAAUCUUCUUCGAUUGUCAUGUAUGCGUGAAUUUACUUCAUUUUAAAAGGUAUAUUUUCUCAUCAAAAUUUGAAGCGAUAUUUCACAUCCUGAGACAUUCUGGUCUCUGUCAAAUAAUAUAUUUACUUUAAAUGUACUAUACACAAACCAGCUACACCAGCUCCAGAAGCAUGUCACUCAAGCAAUGAUUCAGGUUGUUAUUUCUGUGAUUUCAACAGUGCAAACUGGUUACAUCAUGACUAGACACUGGUGAUCUAAACUGUUGCAAACCAAAAGAAGAAUGUAGACAUUCAAGCAUCUAUACCCCAUAAUCUUUCUUGGUUGUGAAACAUUGACAGAAAGGUUGGAGUGGCAACCUCUUUUUACUGCCCUUGUACUGUAUCCGUACUGUAUACUCUGCAAGUUGCAUUCUCAGUAUUGAUAUCGCUGCUCAGAUCAAGUUGUUCAGCAAUAAUUUUUUUUCUCACUGUUGUGCUGUUUUUAGUGGAAUUGUGUGCUUUUUAUGUUUUAAUGGACAAAAAACUAAAAAAACUAAUUUAAGGUUAAGGAAGUGAUGAUAUGAAUAUUACAAUAAGCACUUUAGAUUUGUUUGCCAGUAGGAAUUAGUGCACAGGCCCGAAUUGAGUUAAAAACAUUGAAUCUGAAGAUCCACAGAACUGUUGCUGAAAUGUCUAGAAAAAGCAACGACUCAGGAAUCUACAUGAUUUCUGAUUGUGGAAAGUUCUUUACUCUCAUUUGUCUCACUACUCAUACCGUAUUUCAAUAGAAUAGCCUAUUUCUCUAUUGUUGGGACAAUUCUUUUUGAUAAACAUGAAAAAAAACAUCUAAAUUACCGUGCCGUUCAGUUUUCUUCUAAUAGCAAUGAACGUUAUUCUGUGCAGUAAAACUGUAUUGUACAACUUAUGCUGCACUUGUUUUAAUACUUGUCACAUGUAAAAAGUAAGUUCAGUAUUACAGACAUUUCCAAAAAAUUAGCCGUAAAAUGUAUUGCAAUUAUAUAUUUCUAAUUUGCUUAGCACACAUGCUCCUAAUUUAGCAAUAAUAGACAAGUGAUGUGAGUACAAUGCGAUUGUGUGGAGUGAUGGUUCUAUUGAGCUGUCUAGGGGGAGUUUGUCAAACCCCAUCCACUUUGUGUGUCUGCUCUAUUGACUAUGUUAGUGUGUCGCUGAUUAUACAGACAAUAGCUUAUGUGCCUUGUGAAUGCUCUUUGUGUCUUUUAGUCAUACUGUAAUCAAACUUUUCAGGUAGUACAUACACAAACACACAGCAGUAAUGAUCUGAAUGUUUUUGUGAAAAUCAUAUCCUUUUCAACCAAACCGGCAAACUGAACUGAUUAAUAAGUUACAAAUAUUAACUCAUUAUUACUUCAUUGUACCCAUUUUCUGUCAAGAUAUGUACUGUAUGUUUCUAUGUCACAGAUGUAGUGUUUGUUCACAAAUAGGAAGAACUGUAAUGUACUGUAAUCAAAUAGAUUGUUUUAUGCAAUAUCA